AUACGACGACGGCAAUGGAAGUGCAGUGUUGGUCUCCCAUACUAAAGGAGUCAACCUCAAACGACAAUGGAAGUGGCGGCGCAGGGUAAGAGAAAAUGAGAGGCUCAUUUGGCGGAUUUCGUAUAUGCCGUACGUUUCCCUUGGCCAGGAGCUUGUGGGUGCGCCAUUCCACCACCAAAUUGUUUGUUGGAGGUCUUUCCUAUGAUACUAAUGAAGCUAUUCUUAAGAAUGCUUUUGGACUGCAUGGUGAAAUAAUUGAAGGUAGAGUUGAGAUCAUAAAGAUUGUUAACAUCUCCGUGGAAGUUAAAGUAAUAUGUGAUCACAAGAGUGGGAAAUCAAAAGGUUAUGGGUUUGUGCAUUUUACUUCUGAGUCUGCAGCCAGCACAGCUCUAAAAGAAAUGGAUGGUCAGUUACUGGAUGGGUGGAACAUUCGGGUGCAGUAUGCACACAAGCAAUAACAACAUGAACUGCAGGAGCUGUGUGUUGGCUGCAUCUAACAAAGUUUAUAUGCCUUCCACAUAAGUAUCUGACUAUAGUGCUAGGCCAUUUAGUUCACGCCACUGAAGUGAAACCUGGGGUAAGAUUCAAUUUGCCAUAUAUGUUGACAUAGAUGUAGUUGUAAAUUUUUAAUUUGGUUGCUCUGCAUGCGUUGUGGGAAUAUUCCUUGUAUUUGAUCUUACGGCUUCUGUUAGUUUCUAUUGCCUGUUGCAUCUUGUUGGCAUAAUGCUUGAACUCACACACAUGCACGCAUAAAAAGCUUGGAUCUCUCUGUCUUGUGUUGCUUCUCAAACGCUCAAUUGUCAAUUUAGCCAAAGGAUUGAGCUAAAUUGCACUUUGCUCUAAAUUGUUCAGAAUAAUGUCCUUUUUGGCUCUAGCAUUUCAUAUUAGAACUUGCCACUUAUUAUAUAUAUAUGAUUGAAACUCUUUGUGUAUUCUUAGGCAAGGCUGGUUAAAUGGGGACUGGGAGCAGUAUAACAAAUUUGAAUUGUCAGUUUUUCCUUCUUCCUUUUUUUUUUUUUUUUUUU